AUGGUUACAUGGUUUCACAAAGAGCUCGGGCUGGAUCUAUCUUACGAUAUUUUGUGCGGUUCGAAUUGCAGGUUCAGUGGGUCAGAUGGUCCUGAUAUCGAGCCCGAAUUCCAAUGGAGCAAGCACGACGGCACUGAUAUGCUCUGUACUGGGGCUAUCACCAUUACUGCUGGCUUCGCUCGGCCUCUUGGCUCGCAGGUGAGUUCACGAUUGUGUUCUGCAGAAGGUAGUGCUUAUAGUGAUUUUAGCUAUUAUUCUAUACUUCGGCAACCAUGGAGCACAAUAUUCUCUCUACUAGUUCUGAGACUUGUCCAAAUACCUGCUGGUGUAGGGCUCAUACUCUGCAUUGUCGGAGCUACGAGCGCAAAUUCUCCGGCCGAAAUCGACGAUGAGGGCUCUGUCAAGGUUGGCGUCAUAUUGUUCACCGUGGCGUACGCUUUACUAUGCCUCUUGUGCGCCUUCGCCUCUAUUGUGGCCCGCAGGACCAAGCGUGGGGAACGGUCAAUUAUUAUUGCCGUGGCUUUCGCGUUACCAUUUCUGUUAGUUCGUGUUAUAUAUUCUCUUAUCGCAGCAUUCAGCCACAAUAUCGACUUUCAACCUGGAUAUGGGUCUACAGCAGCGAUCACGAUUUCCCUAUUCAUGGAAGUGCUGGAGGAAUGUGCAGUGGUACUCCUAUAUCUUGCAGUUGGACUGAAACUUCCUGCGGUACCGAUAGCGGAUGCUGCAACGGGUGAAAAACUGGCAUACAGAUUUGGACGAGGAGACUUCACUGGAGGCAAACUGGGAUUACUUUCCCUCGGUGCCGCUGUGAUUUCUGGAGGAAUCAAGAAAUCUAAGUCUAGCAGAGAUAAGCAUGCCCCACAACAAGAUGUUGCGAGAGGGCGAGCGUCCACACAACAGUGGGCAUGA